CCCUCUCCCCCUCUCUCCCUCUCCCCCUCUCCCACUCUCCCUGUGUGUGUGUGUGUGUGUGUGUGUGUGUGUGUGUGUGUGUGUGCGUGCGCUCGCACAAGCAUGCAUGCAUAUGUUUGUAUAUAUAUCAUAUACUUCGUGUUAUGGCUCUUGUUCUCCAAUUUCAAUUCUUGUGUCACAUUUAUGUAAUACAUUUAUGUAAUGCAAUAAAUGUAAAUUGAUGUAAUAAACGUUGGAAUGCAUUGCAAAAUACAUUUUACAGUAUACAUUAAAAGUUGAUACUAAUGACUGAGAAAUAAAUGUAGCUUAUCAAAUAGCAUAUUCAGAAAAAGAAAGUCAGAAAAUGUAUGGUAUUAAUGGUUAAUCAUAAAAUACUUUCACAAUGUUCCUGAUGUGUAGCAAAUGUGUUCAUGAGGAAAGGGAGACAUGUGGUGGCAUAGCCAACAAUGAUUUUGCAGGAUAUUUUGACAGCGGCAGUGACAGUGGUAUCAAUGUUUUACCUCCUGCACGAAAACGGUGUAAGUGGCUCGUGACUGAAGAUGAUACUGACGAAGAAGAGCAAACCUACCAGCAACAAUCUGAGUCGUGGAUGUGGCAAAAGGAAGACAAUGAACCAACAAUCUGGACAUAUAUGGAACUUUGCGGAAUAAAGGAAGCAGCUUUACAGCAUGUCAGCAAUCAUCUGUGCGGUGAGUUGCUACCCAUCCUCAUUAUUAUUGAGUCUCAGAGUAUUUGAACAACUUACCUGUUGCAUGGAUUGGUCUCAUUUCAUCAAUAUGCUGUCUGUGGCUCGUGAAUAGCUGGCCACAGAUUGGAUUUCCGUAACAUUGCAAAACGGCAGGCCGUUUCUGCGGGUAUGUGUAAUGGACUGGGCCAGCCGAUCUGAAGCCAUUCAGUUCCCUCUAAUGUGCAGGCCCUGCCCCUUGGGUCAGGUCUCAGCAAUCUGCCUGCAGGCUGCAUCUGUUUGUGUGUAACGUAAUGCAGUGGAUUUUCGUGGUUUGUCCAUGGAUCCAGGACUGUGGUGCUCCUCAGCAGG